GGAGCAGGGUGCACAGUGGCUUCUGUCAUUUUGUUUGCAAGUUCAUGACGGAGGAAAAGUGUUUUGUGUCCCUGUGUGAAAUGUAGCCUACUGCUGUGGUCUACAACCGAGUCAGCAUUGGCAUGCGGCUAAACUGAGCCUGUAACAAAACCUGCUGACGCACCAGCCUUCGGGGAGCAUGUGGGAGAGGGCAUAAUCACAAUUUGCGAUGCUAGGGCUAUUUAUUUUUUUUUUAUACUCCUGGGAGAUAAAAAUAGCCUGUGUAUGUUAAACUGAAUUUUCAAAAUAAGAUGAGUGAAUUGUUAAUAAUAGGCGAAGUAUUCAUAUGAAAAAGCUUAGGACUUCAAGUUGGACUUCAGGAGACACAGGACAGGGCCUACGUGCAUGGGUGAGGGACGUCCUGAAACAAGAUUUGGCUUUCACCCACAUCAGAGUCAUCUACCCCACCGCCCCAGCAAGACCCUACACACCCAUGAGGGGUGCGCUGUCUCACGUGUGGUUCGACCGGUAUAAGAUCUCAGCCGACUGCGCAGAGCACUUGGAGUCCAUUGACAGCAUGUGCAGCCUGCUGGGCACUGUCAUACAGGAGGAGGCCAGGGCAGGUGUCCCCAAACACAGGAUGAUUAUUGGGGGUUUCUCAAUGGGUGGGGCCAUGGCUCUGCACUUGGCCUGCAGGUACUACCCUGAAGUGGCUGGGGUCUUCGCUCUCUCCAGCUUCCUCAACAAGGACUCAGUCGUCUACCAGGCGGUACAGGACAGGAGGGGGCAGUCGCUACCGGAGCUGUUCCAGUGCCACGGAACAGCUGACGAGCUGGUGCUCCACCGAUGGGGGGAGGAGACCGGGGCCCUGCUGAGGGGGGUGGGGAUGGCCACCUCUUUUCACUCCAUCCCUGGUCUGAACCACCAGUUGUCCAGUGUGGAGCUGGAGAGCCUGCGCUCCUGGAUCCUGAAGAAGCUUCCUCCAGAUAGCCCCUCCCAUGGACAGUGAGACCCCUUUACCCAUGACCCCCGAAGGGUUAUUGAAAAGACGCAGUCCCAAUCAAUGCUCUUUGGUCGUGGUCGUUUGUCAUGGAGGGCCUGCUAAGUUCCUGCACUGGAACCAGGGCACCAGGAGCCAAGGGAGAACUACUACAACAGUACAGAAUGUUAUGAGCAUAAACUGAAGGUAUAAUUAUGCCUGUGACUGUACUGUAACACUGAAUUAUGUACAAGAGAACUCAUAAAAGACAUCUUAAAAAGACAUUUGGGUAAACUGGUUAUCAGAGCUUCGUUGAGGUGAUAUAUUAAGAAUCACUUUUCCAUCGUAACAGUGGAACCCAUUUUUAAAUCAGCAUCAUUUUUUUCUCCAUGUAUUUCUAUUAAAUGUUGUGAACAUA